CACACCACCCUCCCCAGUCCCAGUCUCCCACAGUCACCACACACCACCCACACACCACCCUCCCACAGUCACCACACACCACUCUCCCACAGUCACCACACACCACUCUCC